AUGUUCACAUUCUCACCAUAUAAUAAGGAAUAUAUAUGUGUUUAUGAAAUGAAUAAUUAAUUUAUUAAAUCUAAAGAUAUUACUGUAAAAUGUGGAUCAGGUGAGUAUUUUCUAUUUCCUUAAUAAUAUAUAAAUGCAAAAAGUAUGCUUGUGAGUAAGAAUGGUGAAUAUGUCAACUUAAUUAGGAAAGAAUAAAAUGGAGACUUAUUAACUAUAUAAUCUAUAUAUUUUGGAACUAAUCUUUUAUAUGGAGCUAUGAGUGAUGAUGGACAAUAUUUGGUUACUUGGGAUAUUGAAUCAAAAUAAAUACAAAUUAGAAGAUAUUAAGAACAAUGA